UGCCUCACUACAGAGUUUGGGAAGCCGAAGACGCCCACCACCGCCCGUCCAGUGGUUAGACCUAACACACGGCCGCCCCCGACGUACCGCCCACAGCCUCCGCCACAACCCGCCACGGAACCCGCAGUCGAGGCACCUGAGGUAGAAGGAAGAAGCAGCUCUGGGGACAGCAGUGUAGCAGUGGUUGCCGGCACCGUGGGAGGGGUGCUAGGAGUGGUACUGCUGCUGCUGCUACUCUACAUGGUGGUACUCAGACGCAAGCUUAUCAAGGCCAAACACUCAGGGAAGGAGUCCAAGUACCAGCUGCGGGUGGAGGACGUGGCUCACAUCACCAACCUGGACGAGACCUCCAACACCUAUGUCAACACCACCGACCUCCAGAAACUGGUGGCCACCGUAAGGGCCAAAGGCAAGUCUACUGAGAGAGUCCCGACACCGCCCAGGAUGGUGCACCAGACGCCCACGCCCUACAAGCCGCCCCUCGGCCCCCACAGCAGUGUUCACCCAACGCAGGGCGAGAAAAAUAGCUUUUUGGGAGAAGGGGACGUUGUAUUAGUGAAGGCGCCUAUGCCUCUGCCAUAUAGCUCCCUCACCACCAACACUUGCAGUAUACCGACUCGAGAACAGCCGAAGCAAGAUGUUAUUUACUGCAACCUCCAGGAAACUCAACCGGCUCCCCACCUUUCUCCUCUAACAAACACCACUACCACUCCGCCACGCAGCAAGGUGGAAGCGCCUAGGAUAGCACCACCACCACCUCCUGCCAAGAUGAACAGCGUCCCGCUGCUUAAUUACCAGGAUGAUAGGUCGAACAGUGGGCCGGUAUCACCUACUAUCAUAGCUCGUCCUGCUCCUGCGCCUCCAGCUGUAGCGAAGUCACAGCGAAAUGACGCUAUCCCCACCCCGUCUCCAACACAGAAACCAACUCCACCACCGGUCUCUCACAAACCCAGUAAAGGACCUCGGGUAGAAACUAUAUCACCAACACAGGCACCCGCACCUGUCAAGCCAACGGUUCCCAAGCCCAUGCCUCCUACACUUCCGAAGCCAGGAGUCUCUAAGAAAGGAAAGGAUCUCCCGCCCCUUAAGAUGGCUCCCUUUCCUUUCAUUAAAAGCUGGAAGCAGCACGUGAGCACGCCAGACACCAGUAUUAUCGAGUUGACUCCGGACUCAACCCCCACUACUGAGAGCGUCGGGUCAGGGUCUAUCAGUGCAAAAAUUGCCUUCUUGGAAGGAAAGAUGAAGACACCCAGCAGAGCCACGGGACCCAGGACAUAAGCCUCGAGGACACCGAAGUGGUGUCACACUUAUAUGUCAGUAUCGCAGCGUCGUCCAGGCACUGGCGCAAUACACACUGAGAGGCCGAUAUUCGUGCUAAGGUCCACAAGAAGCAUAUCCCCAGAAUUUAGGUAAUUUGCUGAGGUAACGUAACUCCACAGUAUUGCUUCACAUUGUGGCUGGGGUGAGGUGUGGCUGACUAGAUGUCACCACAAGAGCACCCUGACUCACAUCCUCAUCCUGAUGCUCUCCUGGCCCUUCCCAACUACCCAUGAUAUCACGUCCAUCGCCCAACUGUUAUUAAUGCCCUGACAACCGGCAGAAGUGACGGGUAUUGCGUGGCGAAAGUACGCGACAUAUACCAUUGGUGCGAAGUAGCCAGGGUGUUCAGAGCAGUCUCCUCUGCCUCACUAGAUUCAACUGAGACUAUCACGGUGGUAAUCAUAUCUACGCCCUCUGGUAGAAGUUUCUUCUUAUCUACCUACUCUUCAGUCAUUAUAGCAUUAACAACUAGUGUGGCAGAACCACUUACUGGUACUGUUAUUGUGAUUUUUUGUGUAAAUAUUUUAGUAAUUAACCAUUUUCAAUUUUCUUCAACGUAAAUUGUAUAUAGUUAUAUGAUGAACCACGAUUAAUAAGUCACACUGAUCUCCGGUUGUGUUGGUGUUGUUCAGUGUUGAAAAUACAGUUGCAGUUGUCUGUGGCGUGUACUGCAUUGUAUGUUGUGUACUGUAGGUCCGAGGGCCAAGCAGCACGUUACAUCAUACCAACGAAUGAUAUAUAUGUGCCAGCAUUAUCAUAACUAUCACAAAGACAGUGAACCGCUAUCCAAGUCAGUGAUUCACAAAGGUAGUUAACAGAAAUUUUAAAAAUUGAGGCAGCGUCUGUUUCCGGUGGUUGUGUUCUGUGAAGUGCAAUAUUAUAAAGAUGUUGAGAGGACUUUCCUCUCUGGUAAGUCCAGCAUCCGGAGGUACCCACUGCACCCACUUCCUACCCCCUCUCCCCCACAUCGUGUUGAUGAAUACACGCACGCACACACACACACACACACACACACACACACACACACACACACACACACACACACACACACACACACACACACACACACACACACACACACACACACACACACCACACACACACACGAAACAAUUAAUUGCUAUGUGCAAAUAUUGUCUAUAAUAUGAGAUAUACAUAAUAAAGCUUUUUUUUUUAAUUAUUUUAAAAUUGUACUAUAGGUGUUUAUGUGCCACAUAGUCUUGAUAUAAUAUUUUAUGCAGUGUUAUAAAUUUACGUUUCAGUAUUUGACGUUAAAUAUUUUUAUAGAAGAUAUUUUUAAGGAUCUUGUGUAGAGAAGUGUUACCACCUCGUUACUGUUGUGUAGUGUUACCACCUCGUUACUAUUGUGUAGUGUUACCACCUCGUUACUGUUGUGUAGUGUUACCACCUCGUUACUAUUGUGUAGUGUUACCACCUCGUUACUAUUGAUUUGUAACCUUUAAGUGACGUGUGUGAAGCGAGGUACUGGCUUCACUAUGUGAUGCGAGGUACUGGCUUCACUAUGUGAUGCGAGGUACUGGCUUCACUAUGUGAUGCGAGGUACUGGCUUCACUAUGUGAUGCGAGGUACUGGCUUCACUAUGUGAU